AUGAGCAUCGUCUUCAAAACUCGGCUAAAAACAGAUGGGUCAGUAUUCGAAUCAGCAAGCUCCAAAAGUCACACCAGCAACGAGUUAACACCGCUCCUUCCAAACCAAUAUCAUUCAUCCAUUUCCUCCAAGCAUUUAGAAAAUGACGAGGUUAGGUUAAAAUCAGCGCAGAUGAUUUUGAAUGCUCUCAGAUACGCAGAGCUCCCAGUUGGCACUCUCGAUCCUGAGGAUAUCGCCGUCAGAGUGGAAGAGAAAUUAUUUAGCGUGCACAAAGGCACUGGAGACAAAUACAAAGCCGCUCUUCGCAGUCGUGUUUUUAAUCUUAGAGACAAGAAGAAUCCAGCGCUCAGGCAUGUGGAGAACGUGCUGACUGGAGUAGUGAAGCCGGACAAAUUUGCCAUCAUGACAAGUGAAGAAAUGGCGUCAGAUGAAGUGCGUGAAAUGCGUGACAAAUUUAACAAAGCGGCCAUCUUGGAACAUCAAAUGAGCGUCCAGCAAGGGACCCCUUCGGAUAUGUUCAAAUGUGGAAAGUGUGGUAAGAAGAACUGCACCUACACUCAGCUUCAAACUCGAUCAUCUGAUGAGCCGAUGACCACUUUUGUUUUCUGUCUCGAAUGUGGAAAUCGCUGGAAGUUCUGCUGA